AUGAAUAUUGUCAGUGAUUUUAGGAAGAGAGAGCAAACUAUUUUGGCUAUCGUUAAUGAAGUUACUGGUAAUGAUUAUCAAGCAAAUAUUUGGCCAAGCAUUAUGUCAAUUAAUCGUAUACCAGAAUUAGUCGAACAGGUAUUACUCAGCAAUGAACAUGAACGAUUAUUAUUAGCGAUCGAACAGUUACAAGCCAGAUUUGAGUUACAACCUCAUCGUUUUCAAAUUUAUCAACUAGUUCCAAAAACUAAAACAUGUAUCAUAUGUCAAAUUAAAUUAAAAGAACCAGAGUUUGAUGAAGCAUGUAUUAUUAUUGGUCGUAACAAUGUAUAUAAUGGUAUACUUUAUAAAAAUGAAUGCUGUGAUAUUAUUUAUAAAUAUGGUCAUAUGCGAAAUCGUCGAACACGGGAAAGAUUUGUUGUAUCAGAUGCAAUUUUUAAACAAGAAUAUAUUCAUUUAUUUGAUCAUUUAAUUUAUGAACGUAUAUUGAUAAUUGGAUUUACCAACCUUAUCCAACAAGCAGCAUCGAAUUUCCAAUCAUAUACAAACGCGACUAAUACUGAUAUCGAUCAAAAUCAAAGUUUUCGUAAACAAGAUCCUGUUCAAGAGAAACUGCAACCAAAAUCUUUUGCAACGGCUUGGACAUGGUUUGAAAUAUGUCGAUACCUUUUCUUCAUGACAAAUUCACAAACCAUUGAAAUUCCAGAUAUUAUCCAACGUUUUUCACAUGAUUUAUAUUUCGAAGCAAAUAGUCUUUUUUUUUUAUGA